AUGGAUAAGCUAACCCCAAACCCUGCAAACUCAGUACCCCUCACUCCACUCACCUUCUUGGAAAGGGCAGCAGUCGCCUACGCCGACUCUCGGUCUAUCCUGGACGACCAAACUUCCUUCACCUGGUCCCAAACCUACCGUCGAUGCCUGCAACUCGCUUCUUCCCUCACUUCUAUCGGUUUAGGACGUGGCCAAGUCAUCUCUGUUCUCUCCCCCAACACUCCCUCAAUGUAUGAACUUCAGUUUGCAGUUCCCAUGUGUGGCGCCGUUCUCAACAAUCUCAACCUCCGUCUCGAUCCCCACACGCUCUCCGUGCUCCUGCGUCACAGCGAAUCAAAACUUGUCUUCGUUCACUCUCAGUCACUCUCUCUUAUUCUCAGUGCUCUUUCCAAAUUUCACCAAACCACGCCACGUCCUUCCCUCGUCCUUAUCACAGACGACGCGGAUGCGGUCGCGGUGGCGCACGCAAUCGACACCUAUGAGGGCCUUUUGAGCAAAGGUGACCCGAACUUCAACUGGCUCCGGCCCAACUCCGAGUGGGACCCAAUAACCCUAAACUACACUUCCGGCACGACGUCGUCUCCCAAGGGCGUGGUACAUUCCCACCGGGCAACGUUCAUAAUGGCCCUCGACUCUCUCAUGGACUGGUGCGUACCAAAACAACCGGUUUACUUAUGGACACUACCGAUGUUCCACUCCAACGGGUGGGGCUUCGUGUGGGGGAUUGCAGCCGUUGGCGGCACCAACGUCUGCACGAGUAAAAUCAACGCGCCGAUCAUCUACCGUUCGAUCGAGUCUUACAAGGUGACGCACCUGUGCGCCGCGCCGGUGGUUCUCAACAUGCUGCUCACGAGAACUGAACCAGUGAAAAACCCGGUUCAUGUCCUCACGGGAGGGUCGCCUCCUCCGGCACCAGUUCUCGCGCGUGCAGAGGAGUUAGGGUUUGUGGUGAGCCACGGGUACGGGAUGACGGAGACACUGGGGGUGGUGGUGUCGUGCUCGUGGAAGAGGGAGUGGGAUAGGCUUCCGGCGAUGGAAAGGGCGCGGUUGAGGGCACGGCAGGGGGUGAGGACGGCGGCGGUGGCGGAGAUGGACGUGGUGGAUCCGGCGAGUGGCGUGAGCGUGAAACGUGACGGGGCUACGUCGGGGGAAGUAGUGGUGCGAGGCCCGUGCGUGAUGAUGGGUUAUCUGAAGGAUUCGGAAGGAACAAGAAGGUGCAUAAGAGAAAAUGGGUGGUUGUACACGGGGGACGUAGGGGUUUUGCAUGGGGACGGGUAUUUGGAGAUAAAGGAUAGGUCGAAGGACGUGAUAAUAAGUGGGGGAGAAAACGUGAGCAGCGUGGAGGUGGAGGCCGUGGUAUAUGCCCACCCGGCAGUGAGCCAUGCGGCGGUGGUGGGGCGGCCGGACGAGUUCUGGGGGGAGACACCAUGCGCGUUUGUGGAGCUGAAGGAGGGGUUAGAGCGGCGCCCGACAGAGGAGGAGGUGGUAGGGUUUUGUAGAGAGAGGUUGGCGCACUUCAUGGUGCCGAAGACGGUGGUGUUCAAGGAGGCGCUGCCGAAGACGCCGACGGGGAAGAUUCUGAAGCACGUGCUGAGGAAGGAAGCGCGCGGUAUGGGGUCCUUGGCUAUACGCAGUCGCAUGUAG